GCGGCACAUCUUUAUUGUCACCGGUUAACCCUUUGCAUACGACUUAACGAAGAUGAAGGCAACACCCCCUUGGGUUUUAUUAAAAUAAAUACGUUUAACUUGAACAUAAUUGCUAUAUAGUUGUGCACAGUGAAGAAGGACCAAUAUGAUUGGUGGCUUGUUUAUCUACAACCACAAGGGAGAAGUACUUAUCUCCCGAGUGUUUCGUGAUGACAUUGGACGUAAUGCAGUUGACGCAUUCCGUGUAAAUGUCAUCCAUGCACGCCAGCAAGUACGAUCACCAGUGACAAACAUUGCCAGAACGAGCUUCUUUCACAUCAGACGGUCAAACAUCUGGUUGGCAGCCGUAACCAAGCAAAAUGUCAAUGCUGCAAUGGUCUUUGAAUUCCUUAACAAAAUGGUUGAAGUCAUGCAGUCAUACUUCGGGAAAAUUUCAGAAGAUAACAUCAAGAACAAUUUUGUUCUUAUUUAUGAGAUUUUAGAUGAGAUCCUGGACUUUGGUUACCCACAGAACACCGAUACUGGCAUUUUGAAGACUUUCAUUACUCAACAAGGCAUUAAGUCACAGACUAAAGAAGAAACUUCUCAAAUUACCUCUCAGGUGACAGGUCAGAUUGGUUGGCGACGCGAGGGAAUUAAAUAUCGCCGUAAUGAGCUGUUCCUCGACGUGUUGGAGUCUGUCAAUCUCCUCAUGUCACCACAAGGUCAGGUACUGAGUGCCCACGUUGCAGGCCGUAUUGUGAUGAAGAGCUAUCUCAGUGGUAUGCCCGAAUGUAAGUUUGGCAUCAACGACAAGCUUCUGAUGGAGAGCAAGGGAAAGUCUAGUCUGGAUGAAGCUGGGCGUGGCAGCGAUGGUUUUGGCUCAAAAUCAAGCAAAGGUACUCACUUUGGUGGUGGCAAGACAUCAAUUGCUAUUGAUGACUGUCAGUUUCACCAGUGUGUAAAACUGAGCAAGUUUGAGACGGAGCACAGUAUCAGCUUUAUACCACCAGACGGCGAAUACGAACUCAUGAGAUAUCGAACAACCAAGGAUAUUAGUUUGCCAUUCCGAGUUAUUCCUCUUGUUCGUGAGGUUGGCCGCCAUAAGAUGGAGGUGAAAGUUGUAGUGAAGUCAAACUUCAAGCCAUCACUCCUAGCACAGAAAGUGGAGGUACGCAUUCCAACCCCACUGAACACCAGUGGUGUACAGGUGAUCUGUAUGAAGGGCAAGGCCAAGUAUAAAGCCAGCGAGAACGCCAUUGUAUGGAAGAUUAAGAGGAUGGGAGGAAUGAAAGAGUGUCAGCUUAGUGCAGAGAUAGAACUCCUCAACACCAGUGACAAGAAGAAGUGGACUCGACCACCCAUAUCCAUGAACUUUGAGGUUCCCUUUGCACCAUCUGGUUUCAAAGUUCGUUACUUGAAGGUAUUUGAAUCAAAGAUGAACUACAGUGACCACGAUGUUAUCAAGUGGGUGCGAUACAUUGGACGCAGUGGGCUGUAUGAAACGAGAUGCUGAGGAGAUUAAAUCACAUUAGCUGUAGACAAGCAUAAAUGGACCUUGUGUUAUUUCACAAAAAGUGCUCCUGUUGUAACUGUUCGAGUUUAGCGUACAAAUUGUUGUCAAGAUUUAUUUAUAAUAUUACAGUUGUAAACGUGUUUAAAUUUGGGUCCAUGUUAUGAUGAAGAUUGUUAGGAACACUGUUUGACAGUAACUUUGUUCGACAAAGUUGGUUUGUAUUUAGAUUGGUCAAACUCACUGUGGUGUAUUUUGAUUUGUUAAAAAAGGAAGACAGUUUAUUAUUAAUUGCAUGGGAUAGAAACAAUAUUACUGUUAGUCUAUUAUGUGUACUAGUAAUUGUACAAGUUAAUAUGUUGGUGCAUGUCAAGAACACUAGGUACUUAGAUUAGGUACAGCAAGUUAUGUAGAACAUUGACAGUGUAAAAUGAGUAGGUUGUUGUGAGAACACGAGUAUUAUGAUUCUCAACUAGUGUACAUUUCAUUUAUUCUUAUUUUCGUGCUUAUAUCCAAUUAAGGUUCAAGUUCGCUGUUCUGGGCACACCUAGGCAAUCUGGGCUGUCUGUCCAGAACAGUGAGUGAGAGAGAGAGAAGCCAGUGUAGCCUUACACCUUCCCAGUGAGUUGUUAAGCUCACUCUACGUGGGUGCCAGUACUGGGAGGCGAACCCAGGAUCUGCUAGCCUUGAGUCUGAUGGUUUAACCACUACACCACUGAGACCAGUACUAGUGGAUAACACUCUCAUCCUUACUUACUGCUUUGGCCCCAGACAGGACUUAUGUGACAAACAUUACAUGUUCCCAUUGUAAAAUGUCACCUCAAAUUAUUUAUGUAUUCAAUUAUAAUUACAUUCCAAAUGUUAAUGGGUUAGAUUUUGAAAACCUUAGGCUAAUGUUACAGAUUAGCAGCAAAGGAUUUUUUAAGUGCACCUUUUACAUAAGUGUAUCUCUAACAAGUAAAAAUAAAAGCACCCUAAAUAUUUAACUUCAUGUUAUUAGCUUUCCUGUUUUAAAUAUAACUUGUUAGUGAAUUUUUACAGAAAUAUAAACACGUCGCAUAACAUUGAGGAUUUUAUGAAGAAACUUUACUAUAAACUUUAUAAUUAGAUUGCAUAUUUCUCAUUUGGAUUAUACUGACGGUUGACUUUGAAUUUCUGGGGCGUUCUCGUUUCUACUAGUAAAUAUAUUGGUAACUGGCAGCUGAGCACAUUCAGCUUUGAUAAUUUGCUCGAUAAUUGAAACAAAUUGUCCGUCCUGACAACAAAAUCUAAUUAUUUGUUUAAAUAACAUGUAUGAAGCAUUAAUAAAUUCAUUUAUCCCACAAUCACUGUAUUCAUGGUCAAGAUAUAACUAGAUAAAUCUCUAUAUUUUUGGGUCACAUGACAUAAGCCCGACUCGACUAGAGUAUUUCAGACUAAAUUUUCAAUAAACAUACUCUUUAAAUCAUUUGUUUUAAUACAGUAAAUGCAAAUAAA